CCGUGGCCAGGCGGCCGGCGAGGCGCAGCCCCGCGCCGCGUCCCGCUCCCAGGUGAUCUCGCGCGGGUGCUGUGACGGUGCUGACACCUGCGGUGGAACCGAGUGGCUGCUGCGCGUUGCUGGUGCGCCAGGAGCCGGACUGAGAUCGGAGGCAGCCGAGGGAGGCGGCGUCCGACCGAGAGCUGCUGGUUCAGACAGCUGAGGGAGGCGGCGUCCGAAAGAGAGCUGCUGGUUCAGACAGCCGAGGGAGGCGGCGUCCGACCGAGAGCUGCUGGUUCAGACAGCUGAGGGAGGCGGCGUCCGACCGAGAGCUGCUGGUUCAGACAGCUGAGGGAGGCGGCGUCCGACCGAGAGCUGCUGGUUCAGACAGCUGAGGGAGGCGGCGUUCGACCGAGAACUGCUGGUUCAGACAGCUGAGGGAGGCGGCGUCCGACCGAGAGCUGCUGGUUCAGACAGCCGAGGGAGGCGGCGUCCGACCGAGAGCUGCUGGCUCAGACAGCCGAGGGAGGCGGCGUCCGAGCGAGAGCUGCUGGUUCAGACAGCCGAGGGAGGCGGCGUCCGAGCGAGAGCUGCUGGUUCAGACAGCCGAGGGAGGCGGCGUCCGACAGAGAGCUGCUGGCUCAGCUGCCGACACACCAGUCCAGACGGGAUGACGUCAUGACUGGAUGACGUCACGUUCUGGUCUGACUCCUGGCACCCACCCUGGGAGGCAGACGGCCUGACUGACACAGCCGCCCAGCCGACAUGUUUACUUACAUCAGCAACGGAGCAGGGUCGGCCCCGCAGUCCACGUCCUCGCUUACCCUGCAGCAGCACAUGAGCCACCACUACCGGGCGCUGGAGGGCGCCCAGCCUCAGGUGGACACCGGUCAGGCCCGCCGCGCAAAGGGCCCGGGCCGUCGCCGGUGGCGCCGCCCGGCGGACUCCCCGGAAAACUCGUCCGGGGUGCGGUCAGCGAAGGACCAGCGCCUGCUGGAGGCGAUUCUCAGAGACGAACGACUGCCCCCGCAGUGCUACAUGAGGCGCGACAGCGAG